AUGGCUGAACUGUUAAAACGAUACUAUCCUAGAUACGUUGAUGUACAUAAUUAUAUUGCUGGAAAUAGUAUUGCAAAGAAGGUAGAAAACUGGUGUACCUUGAAUCGUAAGGUGUUGUCAAAACUUGACAUAAAGUUGGGGAAGGAUAUAAUAAAUCAAUUGGCGAACUCGCAACCGGGUGUUAUUGAAAAAGUUUUAAUUGAUUUGCGAACUAAAAUUUUAAAAGACUGCAAUGCGGAUAGGAAUACUUUAUAUUCUGAAUAUGAGGAAAGCGAGAAAAAAGUUGUUACGUCAGUGCUGAAUCUUGAGGAGAUAACGAAUACAACUGUUCCGCGUAACGCUUUCGUCAGAUUAAAACAGGAAUUAGAAGAAAAAAAUGAAGUAAUAAGUACACUUCAUCACAAAGUGUCUCAUCUUGAAUCAUUGAUAAAGCUCAAAGACCAAAGAAUUGCAGAUCUUACAUCACAAAUAAUAAAAUCUACGGAACAGAACGUUACUCCGAGGUCUAAAAAUGUGAAUUCCAUUAAUAGUACAAAUGCAAAAUUUCGAAACAAAAUAUAG